AUGAGCAUUUCAAGCAGCGGCGUUGAUAUGACGGCGUUGAUGUCUCAGCAUCCCGUCUUGGGAAAUAUACCGCCCGCAUUUUUCCUUAGAGCCUCCGAACGUUACCAAAGAACCCCGAAAUGUGCACGGUGUAGAAAUCACGGGGUAGUUUCGGCGCUAAAAGGUCACAAAAGAUACUGCAGGUGGAGAGACUGUAACUGCGCCAAAUGUACGUUAAUCGCAGAACGACAAAGAGUGAUGGCGGCUCAGGUUGCACUGCGCCGUCAACAGGCCCAAGAAGAAAACGAGGCCAGGGAGUUGGGAAUCUUGUUCCCGACGCCCGCCACAUCUUUGGAGGAACCCACGUCUUCGGCCGUAUCGCCGUCCUCGGCACCGAAAAGUCUCGAAAAUCCUCUUUGCUCCCCCAAUUUGAAACAGCAGAGGAGCACGACAACACCAUUUGGCGCUUCAGAUUCUUCCAGCGCAUCAAGCCCAGCUUCGAAACGGCCUCGUAUCAGCUCCGAGUUUCGAGUUGAAGAAUCUGACUCUGAUCCAGAAGAUACCCAGCGUAGCCAAUCAUCCCCUUCUAGUCAAAAUCAUAAUCUUCCCCAGCCCAUAACUUCCCAGUCUUCACCCCAGGCGGACGAUAAUUUAGACCUUAACAUAGAAGAAGACGAAAAUCAAGAGGUUCCUGAAAAUUUGUCCCUAAAAAAAGAAGCAGCAGCAAAUCAGGAUGUAUUUCUUCAGAACAAUACUUGCAGUUUCAUCUACAAUCACCAACCGCCUGCCCAAAUUUCUCAAAUUCCGACCUUCUUCGCUACACAGAGAUCACCGGUUGAUGUUUUGCUAAGAGUGUUUCCGGGAAGAAGUCGCUCAGAAGUUGAAGCAAUUUUGCACAGGUGCAAAGGAGACGUUCUUCAGACCAUGGAAUUAAUGGUGGGUGGGAUCCAAAGCGAUAUUUGUACUCCAGCAUUUCCACCCUUGAUGCCACCGCAAAACUUUCACAGAUAUUGUCCUUCAAGACGAUUCUUGUCGGCACCUUACGCUGGCACAGGUUACCUUCCGACUAUUAUCCGACCACCGGCCGAUUACCUUUCGGUAGGUCAGUUGCAAGAUAUUUACAACAGCGAGAAGGCCACUUCUCCCGGUUCCAAUGCCGAGUCUGACAAAACGUCGUACUCUGAAUAACCGGUACGGUUCUUACUGUGAUUGUAGCAUAUUUAUCUCUUCCGGCAGU